AUGCUGCGUGUCAAGUUUCCAAUGGCCGUGAUCAACCGACCAAAUGUAAGUUACAGACAAUACAAUCACCAGUCUUUAGAAAAUGCAUACGAGGCGGUUAAAACUCAGGGAAUGCCGAUUAAAAAAGCAGCUAGGAUUUGUUCAGUGCCAUACUCCACCUUGCACGACCGUCUAAGUGGAAAAACGGACAUCGAUUGUGUUAAGUCAAAACCAGACCCAUUGUUGUCUCAAGAAGAGGAGCAAACUUUAGUGACACAUGUUGAGUUUAUGUCAUCUGUGGGCUUUGGGUAUACCCGCACUGAAGUCCUUAAUAUUGCCACAGACCUUGCUGUUCAUCUUGGCAAAAGAGAAAAGGGUGAAAAAACAUUUUCCCUGCAAUGGUUUUAUGGGUUUAUGAAGCGAUGGCCCGAGCUUAGAGUUCAAAAACCACGAUCACUUGAAAUCAUGCGUGCCAAAGCAACAUCAAAAGAUACCAUCAACAAAUACUUUGAUAGCCUGGAAAAGAUUUUAGACAAGUAUGAUUUACGAAACAGUCCAGAGUCCAUCUACAACAUCGAUGAAAAAGGCAUCGUAGAAAAUCACAAACCCCCAUCUAUUGUUGCAUCACGUUCCAAUGUACCAGUUGCUGUAACAACGAGCAGGUCCAACACUACUACGGUUCUUGCGUGUGGAAAUGCCCUUGGUGUUGCCAUACCACCGUAUUUUGUUUUCAAGGGAAAGCGCAUGCGGGAGGAAUUGUUAGCAGGUUGUACGGCAGGCACUGCAGGAACCGCACGAGAGAGGCACAUAAUAUUAUUUGUAUUACCUGCUCACACAUCGCAUGUUCUUCAGCCAAUGGAUGUGGGAUGUUUCGGCCCGUUCGAACGCAUUUACAAUGGCAUGAGACAUACCUACAUACGCGAACAUGCAACAUCGGGUAUUGACAGACAUUCCCUUUGUGAGACUGUCUGCAAAGUUUACUGUGUAGCACUCACACCCGCCAACCUGCAGUCAUCGUUCAGAAAGACCGGGAUUUAUCCAUUUGAUAGAGACGUCAUACAGCCUUCAACAUUCCUGCCUUCAGCUGUUUUAAGCAACAACAUGAAGUCAGAAAAUGAAUCACAAACCAGGGCAACUGUCAACUGUGAAGACAAUUCAUCAAAAUGCAAGACGUUUUUCACAACUGCAGAAGAAGUGAUCACAAGAAAACCAAAACCUACUAAGAAGAGGAAAGUACUCAGUGCUGUGGUCAGUGGUAACGCCAUCACGGAAGAUUUGCCAAGACCACCCAAGACAGGCGCGCUUCGCUUGUUUGACAUGAUUGACAAUUCAUUUGUCUUUAAAAUACUGUCGGUAACGACAGUUUGA